GAAAUUCCUAAACCGGUGCAGGAAAAACGCUCUGUCCACGUUUUGGGAAUAUCGUUUUGCUGGAAGCCAAACAGCCGGCUUCAAAUGACCCAAUCUAUAAAACAAGGACGCAAUUUCUUGGACACUUCUCUAGCCUGCUGUCGAUUUGGCUCUGCACCUAAAACGUCGCCGUUUUUGUCUGCCCAAAUUCCUCCGUUAUGUAGAGACUCUGAGACCCUAGUCGAUCGAAAUUAAAGUGAGAAAUCAAAUCUGCGACGCAUCAUCUUUGUGAUCCAUUUGAAGGUUAAAUUCCAAUUCCUGAAAUUCUUGCCUUUUUUGUCAUCAAUUGAAUCGAAAAUUUCUAUUUCUGUUUUGACCCUCAGUUUCUCGUCAAACCCAACAAAAAAUAAAAAUUAAAUUCAGUGAUACAAGUAUAUAUAUUUUUUGAAUGCAGAUUUCAUAGAUAAUUUCCAAAUUUUCUCUCGUUUCCCCUAGUUUUCUAGGGCUUUUGUCGAGGUUUCCUUCAUAUUUUCUGUGAUUUCGAUAUGGACGGGAACAAAGAUGAGGCCUUGAAAUGCCUGAAAAUUGGGAAAGAUGCGUUGGAGGCAGGGGAUCGAGCCCGUGCCUUGAAAUUCGUUACGAAAGCGCGUCGUCUUGAUCCGAACCUUCCUGUUGACGAUCUCUUAUCGGCGAUUGAACGAGAAACGGGUCAAUCGGAGACGCCGGCCGGUGGGGCUAAUGAUGAGGCUUCGAAGGCCUCCGAUCAUCCUUCGGUUCGACAUAGGGUUCCAUCGAGUGGGUCUUCAGCGUCUUCGUCUUCAUCAUCGGUGGCGUACACGGAGGAACAGAUCUCAAUUGUGAGGCAGGUUAAGAAGAAGAAAGAUUACUAUGAGGUUCUAGGGUUGGAGAAGAGUUGUACUGUUGAGGAUAUUCGCAAGGCUUAUCGGAAACUGUCUUUGAAGGUUCAUCCUGAUAAGAACAAGGCUCCGGGUGCAGAGGAGGCUUUUAAGGCAGUGUCUAAAGCGUUUCAGUGUUUGAGCAACGAAGAGAGCCGGAAAAAGUACGAUCUUGUUGGGUCGGAUGAACCAGUUUACGAGCGGCAUCCAGCGACUCGCAGGGCAAACGGUUUCAAUGGGUUCUAUGAUGGCGAUGUUGAUGCAGAAGAGAUCUUUAGGAACUUCUUCUUCGGUGGAAUGCCUCAAGCAACCACCCAGUUUCGGGGGUUCGCAUUCGGGCCUGGAAUGGGAACGAGAACGGGUAAUAAUGACUCUGGUGGAUUUAACAUCAGGGCACUUAUUCAAUUACUUCCAGUGCUUAUUAUUCUGCUUUUGAACUUUUUGCCAUCAUCAGAGCCAAUGUAUGCAUUCGCUAGAUCUUACCCAUAUGAAUACCGGUUUGUCACACAAAAGGGAGUGAAUUAUUAUGUGAAGUCAACCAAAUUUGAGCAAGAUUACCCUUCAAAUAGCCAUGAACGAGUGGCUUUUGAGGCACGGGUUGAGAGAGAAUACUUUGCACUUCUGUCACAGAAUUGUCGGCAUGAGUUGCAGCGUCUCCAGUGGGGUUUUAUACGGGAAACACCACAUUGUGACAUGUUAAAACAGUUUGAGGCUGUGGCAUAAUGACCUCAAUCAAGGUUUGUGCUCAGUGCCACUAUUUCAAAAUUUCUAUUUUGAAGAAAAUGCAUCUGAAAUUUGGAAUUUUGCAUUGAAGAUAUGAAUGAUGAGUGUAGGAUGCCAUCUUGGGGUUAUUGCUAUUGAAUUUGGAUCUCUUCAUUAUCUUGAACACCUUUAGCCCAUUUUGGUGCUACAAACUUCUGGUGCCUUGUAUAUGCGCCGUAAUUUUUUAGAAGCAUUUAUGACUAGCUUUGGUUGUAGUUUUGCACCGCAAUUUGCAUAACCAUUAAUCUCCACUAUAGUGAAUCUCAAAACUAUUCCCCAUACACAAAGUUACAUAUUAAGUUCUAUGUAAUAUUGUCUAAGAUCCUCAAUAAUCACUAUAUAUUUGUAUUGAUCA